AUGGAGAACGGCAUUCAGAAUGGCUUGCCUACAAACGGCAACACCUCGAAACCAUCGCGCAUGAACGACCUGCCCGACGAGAUACAGCACAUCACCCAAGGAUAUGUACCACUCGGCCUGUUACUGUCGCGCCUUGCGCAGAGGUCGCACAACCAGCUAUCGGCCAAGAUCCUGGAGUUGGCUAAGAUGCCAGUCGCAGCUCCUGCUGUCAACGGCAACUCCACCCAUGCUGUCGGCCUCCCUGACGACACAUCCGUCGAGAAUGUCAGCAAAAAAGCAGCGCUACUCAAUUUCAUACAGGAGCUGCAUGGACGAUGGACCAAAGCACUGGUGAUAGCUUCAUGGAGUCGGAAGGCUCCCACAGUCAGCAAGCUGAUCGACCUGAUGAACUAUAUCAACCUGGAGCGCAAAGCCGUCGAUGAUGGACUCGACUACAUGGCCAACAUCAAGCGAGACCUGACCUUUGCACGACUACCCAACCCCGAUCUGCAUACAGCCCUCCAGGUCUUGUCCACCGGCAAUGCAUCAUGGAUGCCCGACUUUGGCUACAUCGAACCCCCUCCCUUGACCGCCGAAGAGCAGCUGCGAUGGAUCGACGAGUUGAACACGCUCUUGUCGCUCCGCCUAAACCUCGAAGACCACGACAAUAUACCACGCCAGUUCCGCGAUUACACUAUCGAUUCGGGUCGCGUCACAUUCAAGGUCAAAGGAGAGUUUGAGGUUGAUCUUACCAUAGCCGACGAGGACUUUGAGAAGCAAUUCUGGUUUCUGGACUUCCGUUUCGCCUUUACGCCUGCACCAUCUAAGUUGACCGAGACAUUACGGGUAUUUCUGGAAGCUCGCGUCAACGAAGCACUCGAAAAGGAUGGCUUGAGAGGCUGCUACAAAUUCCUGCAUGAAUUCGUGUUAACCCACAAGAUCAGCGAGUACGUCCGACAGGGUCACGACCUAGCGAGAGGUAGCUGGGUGGACACUUUGAAGAUCGAGCGCUUGAACCGGAGUAUGGCAAUACAGUAUUGGACCAACCGCUAUUCCCCAGAGAGUCCAAAGAGCUGGCUCAUUCUGGGUGUGCACAGCGGCAAGAAGCCGGGUGCCGCCAGUGUUGAUUCCGACGCAGCCAGCUACCUUACCCUGCGCUGGUUCAGGGACAACAAAGAGGUCAAGGAAGCCAAUAUUGCCUUUGACGAUUCGAAUGUGUCCACUGAAGGGCUGCUUAAAAGAGUUAUCGCGCGACAUGUUGGGUACAUUCUUACGACUAUCCAAACGAAAUUACAAUUCAAACCGCGAUUUCUCAAGCGAGAAGCGGCACUUGCUCUCACCAUUUCGGCAGAUGAGCCGAUUGAGUCGAGCCUACAGGUGCAACUAGGACGGAGCGAUCAUGUCAAUCUCCGAAUAGCACCAAUAACUGGCUUCUUCUCCAUGACACCGCACAGGAUGUCUACACUCAGAGGUGAAAAUAGGCUCAAUGAACUCAAGGACCCUACUGAAGAAGGAAUGCUAGUCCUGGAAGGUGUGAGAUAUUCUUGGGCUGCUGAAGAGAUGAACCGCAGGGGCAAGAGCAUGGGCUGGGUUAUCUGCAGAAACCCUGUCAGAGUGGAUGAAAUACGGCCAAUAUUACAGACAAAGGAGCCAUUCCAGCACCUGUGGUUCAAGCGGAAGGGGUGGCCCACGCAGUGGUUCUUGAUGCUCACUAUGAGUCUGGCUGGGGACAGGUGGUGGUUGAUUGAUGUCACAAAUCCACCUACUGGCCCUCGAAUAGCAUCUCACGCUGAAAUCCCACUCAGUUGUGGGUCGCCAGAUCUUAGCGACAAGCUUUUUGCGAACCUCAAUAUCUUCAGCGCUGCCAUGAUAUCGUAUGCCACGGACACCCAAAUUUUGCAUCAACGACGCAUCAAGCACUCCACGGAUCAGAAGAUCAACCCUUUGUUGCCCCCAAGCAUGAAGAUUCCCACAAUUCAAGUGCGAUUGUCCGAUAUUCUCAGCGGGCGGCCUGCAGGCGCGAGAAAGGUCGCUACGUGGGCAAAGGACUUCGUGCAGAUCAGGUUCAGAGGCAUUGAAAAGGCAUCCAAAGCCACGUCGAGACGCUCACUCAAGAAUGGCCAGAACGACUCAAAAGUGAACGUCCAAGCGCCAAGCCGGGAACUCAUCUCUACGAUCGCGGACGCUCGAUUUCAGGUUGCGGAUCCAAGCAAGUUCAGCCUCUUGAAGGGGAAUGUUGAGCAGGACGUCGCAUUCAACGCACGCCUCGGAGUCUUUGCCCUGCAACUGAAAGUCAACCUAGGCAGUACGAUGCUUGAUGAUUUGGCCAGUCGUAUACAAGCCAUUGAGAGGCUUGUCGAUUGUGUAGAUGCUAUCAGGCGCAGCAGCUCCGACAUCAGAUGUGAUACCAUCACACUUGCACAGGUCAUUUUCACGUACAGUGAUGCGAUCGGACAUACUGCAGGGACAACAGCAGAAGCCAACCCCAAACGCUGGACGGCAUCUCUAGACCUCCGCACUGACCAGAUAAAGAUGCGUUUGGAAAAAGAGAACCCUCAUCUCAGGGUCCUAGACAGCUUUAACCAACUGAUUAAUUCCGAGCUCGGCUUUGAAAAGGUGCCACACUACUUGGCUUUUACCCUACCUGUACUCAAGGCUCUAGAUCAAAUUGAGGACUCUUGGGAAGAGAUGGAUAGCGUCAGCCAAGGUUUUGUCGAGAUUUUCUCCGAGCACCUUGACUGGUACACGAUCAGAUACACUAUUUCUGGACCAAAUCGUGGGCCGCCAAAGGUUUAUCGCAUUGCAGCGAAGCUCCGAGAGCGGCGCAACACUCCCUUCUGGCAUGUCACAAGAUGUGAGCCUGGGUCAAACUACAACCCAGACGACGAGCUUAAGCCAGUAUUGACCAAGGUUUGGACUCAAUCAAGCGAGAGAUGGCAGAGUUUUGGCGACAGUGCUAGCUGUGAUGCCAACGAUAGUGUCAUUAGCUUGUUGAGAGCUAUGAAUGAUGCAGUUAGACAGUUCGCGAAGCAACCACCAUCUUCUUCACCACUCGUAUCGAGGGUAGCCCCGGUCAAACCUCAACACACCCCCAAGAUCAACCAACAGCCACCACCAAAACCGAAUAACCAAAAACAAAUGCAAACCCAAGCAAGGGCUCGAGCGCAGCAGUCUGGGAGCUCAAAUGCAAACGCAAUCACGCUGGAUUAG